GGAGGAGAGCGCUUGCAGCGGACAGGUCGCUGCCCCGGCCCGGGCGGGCUCCGCAGGUGGUAAGGAACGGGGUAUUUCCCUCUGCUGGCCUUUGUAUGUGGACCACCUUGUGUCAUCUUGUUCAGCCCAUUUAGAUUUUGACUUCAAUGUAGGCUCUUAGUCCAGUGUAAAGCUGAUGGGUGAGAGCAAAGGUAAAGAAUGAUGUAAUGCAGCGGCAGCCAGAAAGCGUCUUUUGUUUGAAUUGUGGAAUGGCCACUCCAUAGUCAUCUCCCCAUGAAUCAGAUGUGAGGGGCUGCUUUGUGGGACCAACCCUUUGUAACGGCACCCCAACUGGAAGCAGGAGGAGACAUUCAGCUGAAGAGUUCUUUCUGAAAAUGGGUUUAACUUUUCUUUUGCCAGUCACUGCCAGCAUGACCUCAUACACUUCUAGUACAAUGGUGUGGCUAAGCCUUUGAGUACACAGCCAUUACAUCAUCGCAGCAAAUUAGAGAAGGGAGGUGGUGAAAGAGGCCUUAUUGUUGUCAUGGCCGAUGAGAUGAUCAGGACUCAACUCAUUGUCGCCGAGAAGUUGGUGGCUUUGCUGGAGAGUGGUACGGAAAAAUUGCUGCUGAUUGAUAGCCGCCCCUUUGUGGAAUACAAUACGUCCCACAUCCUGGAUGCCAUCAACAUCAACUGCUCCAAGCUGAUGAAGCGGAGGCUGCAGCAGGACAAAGUUUUGAUUACAGAGCUCAUUCAGCAUUCAGCAAAACACAAGAUUGAAAUUGAUUGCAAGCAGGAAGUGGUGGUGUAUGACCAAAGCUCUAAAGAUGUGACCUCUCUGUCAUCUGAGUGCUUUCUUACUGUGCUCCUGGGCAAACUGGAGAAGAAUUUCAGCUCUGUGUAUCUGCUUUCAGGUGGAUUUGCUGAGUUCUCCAGCUCUUUCCCCGGUCUCUGCGAAGGAAAAUCCACACUCGUCCCUACUUGCAUUUCUCAACCCUGCCUACCUGUCUCCAACAUUGGUCCAACCAGAAUCCUGCCUCAUCUCUAUCUUGGGUGUCAGCGGGAUGUCCUCAACAAGGAGCUGAUGCAGCAGAACGAUAUUGGCUACGUACUAAACGCCAGCAAUACUUGUCCAAAGCCUGAUUUUAUUCCGGAAUCCCAUUUCCUGAGAGUGCCUGUGAACGACAGCUUUUGUGAGAAAAUUUUGCCUUGGUUGGAUAAAUCAGUCGAUUUUAUAGAAAAGGCAAAAGCAUCAAAUGGCCGUGUGUUAGUGCACUGUUUAGCUGGAAUCUCUCGCUCUGCCACAAUCGCUAUUGCCUAUAUCAUGAAGAGAAUGGAUAUGUCCUUAGAUGAAGCUUACAGAUUUGUCAAAGAAAAAAGGCCGACCAUUUCUCCCAACUUCAACUUUCUGGGCCAGCUUUUGGACUUUGAGAAAAAGAUCAAGAACCAGAGCAGUCAGCCCGGGCAUAUCAGUAAGCUGAAACUUCUGCAUUUGGAAAAAAGCAGCGAGCACGUGCUGCUCCCAGAAGGUGGGCAGAGCAGCCUCUCUGCCAACCAGCUCUGCAUCACCGCCACCUCCGAGAUGGUGGAGCAGAAGGCCACGGACUGCGGCGGUGCCCACUUGUCCCCUCUGGAAGAUGGCCCGCUGGUACAGGGCAUAAACGGACUGCACGUCUCCCUGGACAAGGUGGAGGACAGCAACCGCCUGAAGCGCUCCUUUUCUUUGGAUAUCAAAUCUGUGUCCUACUCAGCCGGUAGCAACUGCGUGACCGCGUCGGUUCAGGGCUUCGCCUCCUCUGAGGACACCCUGGAGUACUACAAACACACGGCGGCUUUAGAGGGCAGCGGCAAGUUGUGUCAGUUCUCCCCUGUGCAGGAGGUCUCGGAGCAGACCCCAGAAACCAGCCCUGAUAAAGAAGAAGCCAACCCUCCCAAGGAACCCCAGACCACCUGGCAGCUGGACAGCCAGAGCAAACGGCAACACCUGGGGAGGGCCAGCAGCGGGGCCACCGCUCAGCGGUCGCUCCUCUACCCCCUGCACCGCAGUGGCAGCGUGGAAGACAACUACCGAACGAACUUCUUGUUUGGCCUCUCCACCAGCCAGCAGCAUUUGGCAAAGUCUGCCGCCGGGCUGGGCCUCAAAGGCUGGCACUCGGACAUCUUGGCUCCUCAGACAUCGACGUCCCUUACCAACAGCUGGUAUUUUGCGGCGGAGUCCUCCCAUUUCUACUCUGCCUCCGCCAUCUACGGGAACAGCGCGGCCUACUCUGCCUACAGCUGCAGCCAGCUGCCCACGGGCUGCGACCAGGCCUCUGCCGUGCGCAGGAGGCCGAAGCAGGGGGACCGAGGGGACUCCAGGAGGAGCUGGCACGAGGAGAGCUCUUUCGAAAAGCAGUUCAAGCGCAGGAGCUGCCAGAUGGAGUUCGGGGAGAGCAUCAUGGCCGACAACAGGUCCAGAGAAGAACUGGGGAAAGUAGGCAGUCAGUCGAGCUUUUCGGGCAGCAUGGAGAUCAUUGAAGUGUCCUGAGGGGCAGCAGGUUUGUGGGACUCUUAUCGGAGUUGCUUCCCCCCUCCAGGCAUUUGAGGUCCCUGUGAAUCUGAAAAGAACAAACUUUGGGCAAAAAGGUUUGGGGGGGGAGGGGAGGGGGAAGAAACGUGAGGCUUCAGUGUGAAGGCAGUGACUAGAUUCAUACGGCCGUGAAAUGCCAAGUGAGCACCUGCCCGAGGAGACUGCGUGUACGGCUGUGUUUCUUCUCCUCCCCUUUCCUGGAGAAGGGCAGAACAUUUCAAAGCUCUUUCCCUCACAAUUCUAUGCAGUGGAUUGCACAUCCUUUCAGUGGUAUUUUUUAAAAAAGAAUCUCUUUUGGUGUCAACCCCUUUUUCUGGUUCCACUGAAAGAGGCUCCGACCCAUCAAAGCUAGUUUUGUUCUCCCCUCCUCAUGCCCCACGUCCUCACCAGUGCACCUUAGCCCUGACACUGAGCCAACCUCUGGAGGGAGACCAUUUUUUUUUUUUUUUUUUUUCCUGUCAGAAAGGAGACCGGGAGUGAUUCCAAAGGAUGUAGGGACUGGUUACAGCAAGGCUGGUCUGAACGCACAGUUCAGAGACAUGUAAAUAGGGGUGUAAGUGUUGUUCCAAGGGAUAGGCUUUAGGUGAUUCGCUAGAGAGCUGCUUCAGAGAGAAAAAAAACCCCAGUACCUCAAAAAUAUAAAAAAAUAAACUAGGGCUUUAUGGCUGCCAGAUGCUGGUAGUCAGUUCAUCAGCAAUGUGAACAAGUAACGACUAGCCACAUUUGAUUUUAUUUCUUUUUUUCUUUUUUUUUUUUUAAAGCUGUCUACGCACAAGUGUUUCAGUUGGCUCAGCAGCAAUUCUUAGAAAAGAUGAAUGAACCGUACUUAUGAGUGUUUCCCCCAGUCUUUUGAAACAUCAAAUAAGCAGUAUUUGUAUUUCUGAUAGUAAGCUGGCUUCUGGGAGAGGGGUAGCUGCUUUGGCUUCUGAGCUCUAACAGAGUGGUUAAUACUUAGGGUUACGUGCAAGAGAAGUGGCUGGUUCAACACCACAACAUCAUUUUCUUGCCAAUUGCCAAUUCAAUAGAUGGCCCUUGAAGGCUUUUUGUUUGCUUGUUAAACCUAGAAAUGAGUUUGGGAUGGGCUUUUGUCCUUAACUGACCAAUACCAUUAAGGAACUGCUUUUCAUAUGGUUCCAGUCAUGCGUGGGGUGGGUGCAAUUCAGGUGGUUGGGUUUUUUUUGUUGGGUUUUUUUUCCAUCCCAACAUCCUCCCCCAAAUUGUGGGGACUUGGAGAUGGAAGCUUCUCACUAGGUUUGCUGGCUUCAUCUGAGAAAGAGAAAACAGAGGGGGACCUCCAGCAUCCUGUCUCAUAGUGUGGUGUGAUAGAGAAGAGACGGCACCUCCUACGCUCACAGCUCCAAAGGAACUUGAUCCUGGCCCUUGUCCUCUGUCCCAGCGUAGGGUCUGGGUGUCGACCCAUCACUUGGCUGCAGAGGCUUCUAGCUGGGCUGCUGCUGGUGGGUACCACGGCCUCACCACGCCAGCUCAAGCAGGUGUCACCUCCCUGCUGCCUCUGGGAUGGCUGAUGAGGCUCUUCUGGCCUGGUUUGGGCUGGGCUGGCCACUAAAAACAAAGGCCAGGAACCCAGCUGCUGGCCCUGCAGCUCGCCCUGCCUGGGUUACGUGCGCGCACGUUGAGGCCUGCAGUCAGCCAGGGGUGGGCUCCAGAGGCACAGCCUCAAGCUUCAUCCUGCACACUCAUCAUCUC